AUGCCCCCCACACGCCUUUGGCUAGGAUUGUACACUGGCACUUCUUCUUGUAAAUUAAAAUAUGUGAAAGGUGCACACUGUGUGUGUGUGUGUGUGUGUGUGUGUGUGUGUGUGUGUGUGUGUGUGUGUGUGUGUGUGUGUGUGUGUGUGUGUGUGUGUGUGUGUGUGUGUGUGUGUGUGUGUGAUGUGAAAAGUGACAUGGAGUGCCUGGGUCUCUUUAAAGAGAUGAGCUACAUCUCUGUAGGAGAUCCGUAUACUUCACCCAACAACCGUCCAUUCAAUGAGUCAGCCCAUCGUAGCCGGCAGAUGCAGGCGGGUAUCGCUAAACAACGAUGUGCUCUCCAGAACGGCUUUUUUGAUAAGUCCUUCAAACGGAUAUUUGAACAUGAAGCACUGAGUGACCCUCUAAGACUGGUCCGACAGAAUCGCAUCCAGCAGGCCAAUAAGAACCUGGGCAAGGCUUUCCUGCCCGGUAACAGGACCACGAAGCUCUGUGGUUCAGGUAGUUACUAUGGGACUCUGUCAGGACCAGUUGAAGCCAUGAGUUCACUGUCAGUCAACCAGAAAGCACAUCGCUCUCCUGGACGUGUCACCUCACCUCCAAAGAAAGGCAGUGGUUACAGCUAUCCCAAUGUGAUACUGUCCAAAAUUGAGCUGUAUGCCUCAGACCCUUACAGCAGAGCCAAAGAAGUACUGAAGGGUGGGCCCACAGGAUGGAUGGAUCGGAGGCACCACGUAGCUUCUUCGGGCUGUGCCUGGCCGGGCUCCGUGACAAACCCGGCCACCAGGCAGCCACUCCCACCAUCAUACAAGCCCCUCCUAGCUGCACAGAAGAUCUCAUCAAUCCCCUUCAAGCCCUCGUUCCUGAACAAAAAGAUUGGAGGUAUGAAAGUAGGGACUUUUGACACUUAUCCCUUACAUUCUCUUGAUCCGUACAUCCGUAUCAUUUGCCGUUCCAAACCAACUAUUCAAGAGCCAAUCUUCCGUCCUGCUCCUGGUCCUAAGAGCAUACCUGUCAAGAGUAUCAUCACUGUCAAUGUUAACAGGAGUGUGCACUCUGCAAACUACACCGCAACCAUUACAUCUGUGAUGACAUUAUGA